UUAGAGGACGCUGCAGCGGGACAGGGGGCAGCCAGCUGCGGUAAUUGAGGGGCACCGGGCUGCUUUGGACCGGUGAACGGAUUUAUUUCGUGGUUAAAAAUAAAUAUAAAAUCAAUCGCAGCGACUGAGAUCAGACUUUCAGAUAACAAUUGGCGGACGAGUCUGUGAUGCCCGACGAGGCAGCCUUAGAUGGGAUAGACCGGGACCGCUUUUUGAUUUUACACUUUCAGCUGAAGAACGAAGGCGUCUUAGAUCUUCCUCUCCAGCAAAUGAUAGCAUGGUGAACAAGAACCUUCCCAUCUGGGUCCUAGACCGUGAGGACCAGCUGGUCCACAUCAACGUUGGGGGCCUGAAGCAGAGUCUAUCCUCCAGCACGCUGCGAAAGUUCCCCGAAACACGCCUGGGCCGCCUGCUGACCUGUGACUCCGAGGAAGCUGUCCUGCAGGUCUGCGACGACUACGAUGUGCAGCAGAAGGAAUUUUACUUCGACCGCAACCCAAGACUCUUCCCGUAUGUGCUCCACUUCUACCACACCGGCAAGCUGCACAUCAUGGAGGAGCUGUGCGUCUUCUCCUUCUGCCAGGAGAUCGAGUACUGGGGCAUCAGCGAGUUCUUCCUCGAUAGCUGCUGCAGCUACCGCUACCACGACCGUAAGCUGGAGAGCCGGCACAAAAGUUGGGAUGAGGACAGCGAUGCCAGCAGCGUGGACACCUCUGUGGACGAGAUAUCUGACCUCAACAAGGACAUCCAGCUGUUUCAGGAUAUGCGCUGUGGUAACAUGAGGAGGUGCCUUUGGCUCACGCUGGAGAAUCCGGGAUACUCCAUCCCUAGUAAGCUCUUCAGUUUUGUAUCCAUUACUGUGGUACUCACCUCCAUUGCCACCAUGUGCAUCAACAGCAUUCCGGAAUAUCAGCACUUUGACGAGGAUGGAAAGUUGGUAGAAGACCCCACCAUGCAGGCCCUGGAGGUCCUCUGCAUCUGCUGGUUCACCUUUGAGGUGGUGACACGCAUGCUCCUGGCACCCAACAGGAAGAAGUUCUUCUUGCACCCUCUAAACAUGAUCGACAUUGUGUCUGUGUUGCCCAUCUACAUCACGCUCCUGUUCGACUUGGUGGCCAACAGCGACAUGGAGCUUGGAAACGUGGGGAAGGUAGUGCAGGUCUUGCGCCUCAUGAGGAUUUUUCGGGUUCUGAAACUCGCCAGGCAUUCCACAGGCCUCAGGUCCCUUGGUGCCACAUUGCGGCACAGUUACCGGGAGGUGGGAAUUCUGCUGCUCUACCUGGGCGUGGGCGUGGCGGUCUUCGCAAGCAUGGCAUAUACCGCCGAAUAUGAGGAAGACGUGGGUAUGGACACCAUCCCGGCCUGCUGGUGGUGGGGGACGGUCAGCAUGACCACGGUGGGCUAUGGUGAUGUGGUCCCUGUCACCGUUGCCGGCAAGCUGGCCGCCUCUGGCUGCAUCCUGGGUGGCACGCUGGUGGUGGCACUGCCCAUUACAAUCAUUUUCAACAAGUUCUCCCACUUCUACCGCAAGCAGAAGGCCCUCGAGGCCUCCGUGCGUAACAGCAACAGGAAGAGGCCGGCCACAGCACAGGUGGAGGUGGAUGCUGGGUCGGACGGCGACAGCCAGUGUUUGGAAGAGCUGGAGGAUGAUGAGGAAGUGGUAGACAGGCGGGAGGAAGAGGGAGGGGUGGUGAACUACAGCUAUGUUGACCAUGCGGUUCCAGCUGAAAGGAGAUCGCCUGUAGUGAGAAUAAAGGAACUUCUGAAAGCCUGAACUACUUCUUUGCAGCUCCAAAGAGCCAAAGACACAAUUCAACCACUGAGAUAAAACAACCCCAGGAUUUCUCUCCAUGGCAACAGCAGCUGUUAUUAAUCAAUAAGCUAGUGUUCUUCUAUAAGGAGGGCUUCUGUCCUUAUUCUGUUCGGUAAUGCCGAGUUUUGAGAUUUGUUAUUCCUGUAGAUACAUUCAAAAUUACCACUGGUAUAGAGAGUUAAUUUCUAAAUUUGAUGUCCUAUAUGAAAUGCUGUUGUAAGUAUGAGAUGUUCACUUCUGUCACUAUACACUGCAUCCACAUUGAUUCAGAAAAGAAUCCAGUUACAACCUUGCUGAAGAAGGUCAAUGUUAUUAUACUACAGAACUGAAGUCUCCGGUAACAUGUUUUUGUCUUAUAAAUGUGGCCUAAUGAUCCCAGUAGGACAGAAGGAGACAGCUGGAGGGGGAUUGAUGCAUCUCAUCAGGACUGGCCCCAGCAGCAGCACAGUGGGUUCCAACUCUAUCCCGACCUUCUCAAACAGCUUAGGAGAGCUUCAGCUGCUGCUUGUAAGACAAUGCACACGAGUAAUUUAAGAUUCCCUUGACAGGAGAAGCUGAAAUCUGCAAUGAGAAAAGUUCAGAAAGAAACGUUUUGAGCUACUGAAAAUGAUAUCUGUCCUUCUACUAGAGCACAUGUUCUUCUUCUGAAGAAGAAUGAAAAAAUAUUAUAUCAUAAUUUCAUUUUAACAAAACGACCAGCAACAUAAAGGCUGCUGUAUAAAUGACCGACUCUGCCCUUUAACCCCAAGCUCUCACAUGGGAUGUGCAAAAAAGGGAAUUUCUACAUACCUGUACAAAUGACACAUGAAAGUAUCUUUUCUUAACGAUAGAAACAGCUGCAGCUGGAUUCCUAUUAAAUCAUUUUAUCUCAUUUGAAUGACGUACCUACGGUUUUCCGGACUUUAUCUUUGCAACGGCGAGUAGAACUGAUAGCAUUUCUAAUUAUCUUCAAAUGAUAUCUAUGAAUGCAUUUAAUUAUUAAUUAUAUAAUGGUAAGGGGAUACAUUUAUACUUACUCAUGCAUUUCUUAUAUGUGAUCGAUUGUUCCAUUUCCCUAGUCAUUAAUGUCUGGGCCCCUUCAAGUCUUCCCGUUUCUCCUUCCCUUCUCUCUUAUUGGCAUCACCUCGUUUUUCAUUCUCUCUCAUUCCUCGUUCAACUCAAAAAAUAGCUCAAGUGGCCUGCUUUGGCGGCCCCAUAGCCAAGUCAGCCUAGGGCCCCCAGAGAAGUUAAUCUGCCCUUGUAUGUGAUCCCAUCAUUAGAUAAUUAGUAAAACUGAAUGAAUUAUUAUUGAAUGUUGGGACUGACUUACCUUAUAACAUGAUUGUCAUAAACUUGAGAAGAAUGAACUUGGCGUAUCAUACUCAUGGAUUCAUUUAAAAAGAGAAAGAUGAAAUAUCCACAAACCGAGCACAGCUACUGCAUUCUAUACAUUCUGUGAUGGGAUUCAAAUCAGUGAUGUAACCAGCUAAUUCAUGAACAGGUAAAAGGUAACCCUGAACUAAAAGCAGAGAAAUACAGACUUUGUGAGGAUCCAGUGAGAGCAAACCUGAACUCUAGUGAGAAAAGCAUCGUUUACCACAUUUUUUUUUUUAUAUAGAUCUCGCUUCUUAAUGUCAAAAUGGAGACCUGACGCACUGUGCUGCUAAUUCAUGGGUGCCCAUAAUGCUGUAAACCAUCCAAGGCGGGAGCACCCCCCCUGCGUGGGGGCACAUUAAGUGUAACCCAAGCUGGAUUCCUGGAACGGCCGGGGAUUCUUGCCUCUUAUCGAAACCAGAACCUUCCCUGUAGGAAUUUACCAAGCAUUCGGAAGCAUCACCACCGGCCUGUUGUAAGGUGAAGCUUGGUUUUUUGCUCGGCACAUAAGUAUGAGUCACUGCUGUGAGGCUUAACGUACAGUGGGACUGGAACCUUUUUACGCAACCGGCAAGACGUUCAUGCAAUGAUGUCACCGUUGUCCAGACAGGCUAACCCCCCCCGAUAUUUUGUAUUAAGCAGUACUUCACUGAAGAAGCUGUGGUCUGCAGCCACAACAUGCACCACCACAGCUUGUCAGUCUACAGCUUCCUCCACCACAGGAAGGUGCAGGAAGUUGCCGUCGCUAAUCUCAUCGCUGUCAAGGCGAGGGGAACGGCAGGUGUUGAAAUAUCUGUUUAAUAUUUCAGUAUCAUUACAUUUUCAUUUCUGAGACAAUACCGUCUGCUGAGUGGAGCGUCACAGUCCUCGGUUAAAGGCCUUGACUUGGAAGAAGCAGUGUAGUCGCAAUGGUUAUUUGGUACCACAGGGGUCUCUAUUGCCAAAGACAACUCAUAUCCAAAGGCUCCCUUUCUGAUUUAUUUACCUUGCUGUAGAACCUGGAAAAAUUCCAGAAUAAUGAUGAGCUCCAUUGUGCUUUGCCGCUGAAGAAACAGUGAUAUUGUUUAUCUGGAAGGAGCACACUUAAGGGUACACAGGCAUAAGGAGUAAAGUGCAGCUUUUAGAUUUCACUGUGGAAAGUGAGGGUUCACAGGUUCAGUGCUUUCAAAGCAAGUAAGCGGUUACCAAAGACAAAUGCUGCUAAAUACAUUUAAAAAUGUAAUAAAAAAAAUAUCCUUGUGUAAGGGAACUAGUAAUGAAGACACAAUGUAGAUUAAUGUAUUCAGUACAGAGGCAUGUUAGGCAUGCGUGAGCAUGAUGCAUUUAAGUCAAUUACACUAAAAACAUUUUUUUUUUUUAUUAACUAAAAGAGGUAACUAACCAGGCUGGUAAACUUGUUACGGAGUCAUGUGAUAAGGGGCACAGAAGCUGAACCCUGGAAAAAUAAUAUUCAACUUGAAUUUCUGUUGUAAAUAGUUACUGUAUCAACAGGUAUGAAACUGUC